AUGGAGGACAUUUCCGAGCCUCGCGCGAAGCGGCAGAGAACAACGCAGGGAGGGCGCGCACCUUCACCUCCUCCGCCUCCCCCGCCAGAAGAUGAUGUACAGCCUGCGCUUCCAGGACAGCCAGAUUCAACUUCUUCACCCCUUCCUCCUCCUCCACCUCCGCCAGAGACAACCUAUGAGCAGGCUGAGAACAGUGACAUCGUUCCACCACCACCUCCAUCCGUACUACCGCCUCCACCACCUCCCCCCGACCAAGCGAAUGACGAAGACGACGAAGCAGACGUUCAGGAUGCCGCAUACUGGACGCGUCUAGCCCAAUCUUCGUCUUCCAGCAUCUCCUCACCUGCUCCCUCCGCAUCCGCUCCCACCUCCUUCACUCCCAGCAACGGCAGCACCUCUGCAAAGAAAGCCAAAUCAGCCCUCUACCUCGACACGAUCAAUCGAGCCGUUCUCGACUUUGACUUCGAAAAGCUCUGCUCCAUCUCGCUCUCCAACAUCAACGUCUACGCAUGCCUUGUCUGCGGCCGGUACUUUCAAGGUCGAGGUCGCAAUUCCUACGCCUAUCUUCACAGCAUAGACGACUCGCAUCAUGUGUUUAUGAACCUUUCUACAGCUCAGACGUACAUCUUGCCGGAUAACUAUGCUGUACCGGAGGAGAAUCAGGCGGCGUUGCAGGAUAUCAAGUACCUGCUGAAUCCGACAUUCACGCAGAAAACAAUCGAGGCGAUGGAGAAGGAGAUGGCGUACGAUUUGAACGGAGAGAGGUAUCAUGCGGGUUUCGUGGGGUUGAACAAUUUGGGGAAGAACGAUUAUGUCAAUGCGAUUGUUCAGGCAUUGGUGCAUGUUCCUGUGGUGAGGGAUUACUUUUUGUUGGGGAAGGAGAUGCAAGGUGAGGGAGAGAAGAGCGAGCUGGUCAAGCGGUUUGGUAGCUUGGUGAGGAAGAUGUGGAAUCCGAGGGCUUUCAAAGCGCAAGUAUCGCCGCACGAGUUCCUGCAACAGGUGGCAGCGGUAUCGGGGAACAGGUUCAAGAUCACGCAUCAGUCGGAUCCCGUCGAGUUUCUCGGUUGGUUGUUGAAUCGGUUGCAUUCCGAUCUGACGGGUGGGAAGAGGAAGAGAGGUGGUGGAGAGAGUGUGAUCAGCCGAUGCUUUCAGGGCGUUGUGCAGGUGGAUUCUCAGCCGCUUUCGCGGGUCGAAGAGGGUGAGACGUCUGCUGCUGGUGUAGCUGCCGAAGCGGAAAAGAUGUUGAAGCAGUCCUCUGUUUCUGGAGGGCAAGUGGACGAGAGUGGACGAGCACAGUUCGAUCCCUCGCUUCCGGUGGAAAAGCGCGACACGCCAUUCUUCCUGCUCGCCAUGGAUCUUCCACCCCCACCACCCGUGAUCAACUCGGAGGAAGGCGAGAAUCUCGUUCCUCAGAUCACCAUCGGUCAAGUACUCGCCAAGUACGACGGUCAGAGUCUGCAUGCGUCCAACUCCAAACUCACGCGCUACACACUACGUCGACUUCCGCCAUUCCUCAUCAUCCACUUUCGACGUUUCACCAAGAACAGCUUGGGUCAAGAAGAACGCAACCCAACGCUCGUCAACUUCCCCAUCAAAGGUCUGGAUGUCACGAAACACAUCCCCAUCCUGCGAGAUUCAUCGUCACAGACACAACACUCCAAUGACACAAACUUGUCAGAGAUCUACGAUCUCGUCGCAAACGUCGUCUACGACGCAGUACCCGGCACCGUCCGUCAAGACGCCAGCUGGAAGUGUCAAGUGCACACCAACGCAAAAGCAGCAGCCGCAAAGGAGGGAGAAAAGUGGUUUGCAAUCCAAGACCUCAUCGUGGAAGAGGUGAAUCGCCAGAUGAUCUUUUUGGGCGAGAGCUAUCUCCAGAUAUGGCAGAAGCGCCCUUCGUAG